GCGCACAAGACAACCCUGCCAUUUAUGCCAAGGUCACUGGGACCAAUGGGGGGACGUCCUGCAGAGGUGGGAGGGUCCUGGAGGUCCUGCUGGAGAUGGAGAGAGAGCGAGAGAGAAGAGAGGAGCACUACUGGGACCAUCAGUUGUUUCAAGCAGCACAGGCAGCCGGCUCCCUACCCAUAACACCCUGCUCCCUACCCAUUACACCCUGCUGUGAACACAGGCAGCUUAAGGGCGGGUGGUGUUCAUGUAUGUGGAAACUCAGAGUAAAAGCCAGACAACUUUCUAUCAGGUUGGCUCUGGAAGGCCCUUGGAAUGUUUUGCCAUCGUUGCGCCAUGGUAACCACAUAGAUUGCCAUGGUAACCACAGAGCCCAAAAAGCGGAGUGGCCACACCCCUCGAGCGCCACACAGAUCCUUCUACUCCUGCAGCGUAAAUAUGACAUCAUCAGGGAGCGCCUGUAUGCGGAGAUGCUCCAUGAGGAGCAUGGUGGUGUGUGGUGGGAGAGCCGGUUGCCGUGGCAGCGAGAGGAGUGUGUGUUGGAGUUGGGCGUGCUGGCGGAGCACGCUCUGUCCGACCGAGACCUGCUGGGUCUGUGUGAACUGCCAGGAGCGUUCCGCAUCUACAGGCAGCAGAUGACCUCGGCCUGUGGAGAGGAGAGUCAACCCAGGGAGCAGUCUUGGUUGGCCCGUCCACUGCCCUCGGCCUGUGGAGAGGAGAGUAAACCCAGGGAGCAGUCAUGGUUGGCCCGUCAGCUGCCCUCGGCCUGUGGAGAGGAGAGUCAACCCAGGGAGCAGUCAUGGUUGGCCUGGACAGCCCUGGUGUUUCUGAUCGAACUAGAGUCCUCUUACCAGGAGGAGAGCAGAGCACUGAGCAUGCUUAUGACCAGUUAA